AUGGCCGACUUCCCUACCGCUUGGUUUUACAUCAAGUCGGUUUGCUCAAAGAAAGUCAUCCAACCACUCGGUGGAAGUUUCGAACCAACCCGACUAGUCGUUGUCGAUCAAAAAUUCGGUCAGGAAUCAGCAGCCCAACUCUGGAAACAUGAGAACGGUUACUUGGUCAACAAGCUGACUAACCUCUGUCUGGAUUACGAACAUGGCAACUAUAAGCGCUUAGGUGAUAUUCACGUUUGCCAGUGGCAUCAAAAAGUCGGCAAGGAUGCUCAUAACCAAAAAUGGCUAUACAGGACAAGCAACUUGAUUGCAUCGAAUGACGACAUCAACCGAGUAUUAGACAUCAAGGGAGGAUCGAUUCAUCCGGGGGCAGAAGUUUUACUCAAGAAACUCGAGACGAUCAAAGGCGCCCAUCCGGCCCACCAACGAUGGCUGCUAGAAGUGAUUGACCAGGACGGCUUACCAGACUCAUUAUCAACCUACCAGGAAGACCAAAUCGCUGGCAGCUAUGCUGCCCCCGUGGAACACGUCAAUCCUUGGGCUACUCUCGAGCCUUCGACGGAUGAUGAACCAGGCGAAGCUCAAACCACAUAUUACUAA